AUGUCAUCUUCCCAUCAGCGCCCGUCCGGACAGACCAAUGUGACGCAACACUUUGAGGCGUACUCGGUCGAUGAUCACAAUAGCGCAUGGUCUGAGCUUUGGGAUUCUCAUCAUGGUGAUCUUUGGGACAAGGGAAGCCCUUCACCAGCCCUCAUUGAUGCCCUUGAAAAGGAAGACUCAUUGACACCCAUUGCGUCCGAUGGGCAUCGGAAAAGGGCCCUUGUACCCGUAAGGCAGAUGUUCACGUUCCCUGAUUCGAUGUUGACUGAAGUUCAGGGAUGUGGGAAAGGCUACGACGUCGUGAUGCUCGCUCUUCACGGGUUUGACGUCGUCGGUUUGGAGAUUUCUCCGACUGGAGUUUCUGUGGCUGAAGAAUAUGCUCGUCACGAGCUCCAGGAUCCACGAGAAUACAAUUUCGGCGCCGCUUGGGACAAGCGUGAAACCGGCACGGUCAAGUUCGUCCAGGGCGACUUUUUCAAAUCCUACUGGGAGGACGAGUUGAAAUAUGACUUGAUUUAUGAUUAUACGUUCUUAUGUGCUCUUCAUCCAACGAUGCGCUCGCGCUGGGCAUCUCGGAUGGCGCAUCUUCUGUCUCCCGGUGGUAUGCUGGUCUGUCUGGAGUUCCCGCUCUAUAAGGAUCCUUCACUGCCGGGCCCGCCCUGGGGGUUGAAGGGAGUGCACUGGAAUCUGCUUGAAGAGGGUGGUGAUGGAAUCGUGGGCAGUAGGAAGACCACUGGGGAAUCCGAUGGGCGUUUCCGGCGGGCAUUGUACAUCAAGCCCGAGCGGUCGUAUGAACAUGGACAGGGGACUGAUAUGCUGAGUGUUUAUGUCCGCAAAUAG